AUGGAUGGCUUCGAGGCCAACAAGGGAGUCGUGGUUAUUGCGGCGACGAAUCGAGCCGACAUCCUAGACCAAGCCCUCGUCCGUCCUGGACGAUUCGAUCGUCAGAUCCAGGUGGAUCCUCCUGAUGUUCAGGGGCGAUCUGAGAUCUUGAAGGUCCACGCGAAGGGCAAGAACCUGGCCGCCGGCGUGGACCUCACGGCCAUCGCAAGGCAGACCCCAGGCAUGUCCGGUGCAGACCUCGCAAACUUGCUGAACGAGGGCGCCAUCGUCGCUGCGCGCCAGAACAAGGCGGAGAUCGACUCCGACGACAUCUUCAAUGCAUUGGAGCGCAUUUCUAUUGGCCUGGAGAAGAAAGACGCAGUCAUGUCCGAGCAGAAGAAGAAGCUCGUGGCCUAUCAUGAGGCCGGUCAUGCGAUCCUGGGCGCUCUGAUGAACGACCACGACGUCGUGGCCAAGAUCAGCAUCGUUCCUCGGGGCCCAGCCGGUGGCGUGACGAUCUUCAUGCCUUCCGAGGAUAGGCUGAACUCUGGCCUCUACUCGAAGGAGUUUCUGGAGAAUCGCAUGUGCGUGGCGCUGGGUGGGCGCUUGGCCGAGGAGAUCAUCAACGGCAAGGACAAUGUGACCACUGGUGCCUCCAACGACUUCCAGCAGUGCACGCAGGUCGCCAAGCAGAUGGUGAUGACACUUGGCAUGUCGCCGGAAAUUGGCCAGCGUCUCCUGGGAGGCCAGCAGGGUGGCGGUCCCUUCAUGGGCCGUGACUUCAUGGGACAGGGGGCUCCUCCCAUGUCGCAGGCUGCGCGCAGCGCCGUGGCUCGGCUGGGUCUCGCCACGCCCGAGGCGGAGAGUCGCGAGUCCACUAGCGAGGAAGUGCUGCGACGAAUCAAGGGCAUGGCAGCCGAGGUGUCCCCUUCCGGUGCAGCUUUGCCUGAGAGCGUGGUGAAGCAUGCUGCCGUGCAGGCCUUGGCCGUUCUCGCCGCCUCGGCCGGGCCCUUGGCCGCCAAGGCGGAUGACGUACCCGCUCUCCAGUCCAUGGGAACCCCGCAGAUGCAAAUGCAGCAGCCUGGUGGGGGCCUUCAGCGGGUCUCGGGCCGCGUGACCUACUCCCGGCUCUUGGAGUUCGUGGACGAGGGCUCCGUGAAGCGAGUCGACUUUUACGACCUCGGCCGCACGGCGGUGGCCACGGUGACUGUGGCCGGCCGGGAGCAGCAGCUGGUGUGUGACCUCCCAGGUGCUACCACAGGCCUCAUCGAGAAGCUGACGACCAAGGGCAUCUCAAUUGAGGUCCACCAGCCAGAGAAGCCGAACCCCAUCUUCAACGUCUUGGGCGAUGUCGCCUUCCCUUUGCUUCUGAUUGCCGGACUCCUGUUUCUGCGCUCCCGUGCCCCCGGCGGUGGUGGCAUUCCUGGCUUCGGCAAUCAGGGCCAGGCGAAGAUCAUGAUCACUCCCGAGACCGGCGUGAAGUUUGAAGAUGUCGCCGGAAUCGACGAGGCCAAGGAGGAGCUCAUGGAGAUCGUGGAUUUUCUGAAAGCGCCGGAGAGGUUCGUGAAGGUGGGCGCGAAGAUCCCUCGCGGCGUGCUGCUGACUGGCCCACCUGGCACCGGUAAGACGCUGAUGGCCAAAGCUUUGGCGGGUGAGUCCGGAGUGCCUUUCAUUCAGUCCUCUGCUUCGGAGUUCAUCGAACUCUUCGUCGGGGUGGGUGCCUCGCGCGUGCGCGACAUCUUUAGGCAGGCCAAGGAGAAGGCGCCCUGCAUCGUCUUCAUCGAUGAGAUUGAUGCCAUCGGAAGACAGCGCG